UGCCACACGGGGGCGCUGUAGAGCAGCACUGCCCUCAGGUGUGAUUGGUCAGAUGUGCCUAAAAAGCUCGUUUCCAUCCUGACCUGAGGCCAGUUCGUUUCGGUCUCUUCUUGUCCGGAUCUCAUAACAUGUCCAACUCUGCUGUGGUGAAAACGUUGGAGAACCUGAGCCUGGACUCAGGUUAUGUAGCCGGGGAGGCCAGCCCGUCCAGCCGGUCGGUCAGCGCUCCUCUCCGGGGUUCAUGGUGGCCGCGCAGCGGCUCCACCUCCAGCUGGGACACGGUGAGCGCGCUGCCGGAGGACGCGGCGGACACCCUGGCCAGAUGCGCCUGCCUGCCCGAGCUGGAGGACUAUCCGUGGACGGAGUCGGAGCUGCAGGAUGUGGUCCACAGAGCCUCCGGGUGUGAGUGUUUCAGCCCGGAGGCUGUCAGCAGACUGUCCCUCCUGCUGCGCAGGGCUUUGCUCCGGGUGUCCCGGGAGGCGCAGCGGCUCAGUGAGCUCCACAGGCGGUGCACGCGCCUGGAGGUGCAGAGCGCGGUGCGGCUCGUGCUCAGCUGGGCUCUGGCCGACAGGUGCGGCUCCUCCGCGGUCAGAGCCGUCUCUCUGCUCUGCAUGACCUCCGGGGACACCGUGGGUAAGUCUGCGCGCUGCGGGCUCGUCCUGUCCGUGGGCCGCUUCUUCAGGUGGAUGGUGGAAACGCGCGUUUCGGUGCGCGUGCAUGAGUACGCAGCAGUUUGCCUCGCGGCUUUCGUGGAAAGUUUGGCAGAAGAAGUUGCGAGACGUGCGCAGCGCGUGGCCAGGUUGGCGGAAAGCUCGACGCGCAGUGCGGUGACCGUGGAGCUGCUGGACGGAGCCGUGAACAGCGACUCUGAGCUGUGGGGCCUCCUGCAGCCCUAUGAGCAUCUGAUCUGUGGGAAGAACGCUUACGGGGAGCUGAGUCUGCCGGCCCACAUCAGUCCGUACACAAAGGUUCCUGAGAAACCAUGGGAGAGCAGGGAGGACGCCUACAUCCAGCUUGAGCUGAGGACACUGGAGCAGUCGCUGCUCGCCACCUGUGUAGGCAGCAUCACAGAGCUCAGUGACCUUGUGUCUCGAGCGAUGCACCACAUGCAGCGUCUGCGAACCUCCAGCCCUGCUGUCGGCGGCGCCGGUCCGGUUCGCCAGCCCUCAGUUUCAUGGGCCUCCUCCGCCCUCCGCUCUCUUUACUACUUCCUGUCCAACCCGCACAUGGAAUCCCUGGAGAACCCCAACCUGGAGCCCCCGGCUGUGAUUCUGAGCAGAGAACGGCCGUUCCUGCUCCUCCCUCCUCUCAUGGAGUGGAUUAGGGUUGCCGUGGUGCAUGCCGAACAUCGCCGCAGCUUAUUGGUGGACAGUGAUGAUGUCAGGCAGGCAGCCCGAUUGCUCCUCCCAGGACUGGACUGUGAGCCCAGACAGCUAAGGUCUGAGUGUUGCUUCCAGUCCUUCAAAUGUCUGGAUGCUGCAGCUGCUUCAGGAAAGUUCCACCUGGACCUGGGCUUCCGGAUGCUCUCAUGUGGCAGAGCAGAUCUGGUCCAGCAGGCUGCCCGACUGCUGGGCGCAGAUGGCAUCAAUACCAUGGACGACCAGGGAAUGACGCCUUUGAUGUACGCCUCAGCAGCAGGAGAUGAAGCUAUGGUGCAGAUGCUCGUGGAGGCCGGAGCCCACCUGAACCUGCAGGUCCCUGCCAACUCUCUCCGACACCCUUCUGUUCAUCCCGGCAGUCGGCACUGGGUGGCGCUGACGUUUGCUGUGCUGCACGGUCACCUCUGUGUGGCUCAGCUGCUGCUAGAGGCUGGUGCCGACGUUGAAGGCGGAGUCCUGCUGGACGGAGUGGAGAGCUCGGCGGAAACGCCGCUGCAGCUUGCAGCAGCUGCAGGUAACUAUGAGAUGGUCUGCCUGUUGCUCACCCAUGGAGCGGACCCUCUGCUCAGAGCGCACCAUGGGACCUCGCUGACGCCCCCUCUGUUCGAGGACAUGAACUGCUUCAGUUACGCCGCAGCUCAUGGACACAGGAACAUCGUGAGGAGACUACUGCUUCAGCCGCCGCACAGGAAGGAGGACAUCCUGUCUCUAGAGGAGAUCCUGGCUGAAGGAGUGGAGGAGCCCGAGGACCCGACCCGGCAUCCGGCGGCGGACUCCCUGAGCGCGGUUCCUUCCGCGUCUAAAGCCACGAUGAAAGCUCUGCAGCAGGCGGCGUAUUACAGCGCCGAGCACGGAUACCUGGAUGUUACCAUGGAGCUGAGAGAGAUGGGCGUCCGCUGGAAGCUGCACACCUGGCUGGAGUCGCUCCGCAGGGCCCAGCAGCUCGGCAGAAACCAAGUCACCCUCCGCCUCCUCAGCGACUUCCCCUCCAUCAGGACGGAGGACUUCAGCCCCGAGCUGCUGUCUGCAGGGAUCCCCUUCCUGUUCAGCCUGUUGGCCACCAGCAGGGACUACGCUCUGACCAAGCAGCUGGCCUCGCUGGUGUCUCACUGCUACGGCGGCUCCCCGGUCCCCGCCGUUCCACCGGCGGACGUGGCUCGGUCCACUCAGCUGGAUAUCCGCUUCCUGAACAACAAGGAGAUGUCAGAUGUGACGUUCAUGGUGGAAGGCCGUCCGUUCUUCGCUCAUCGGGUGCUGUUGAUGUCCGCCUCUGAACGGUUCCGGCAGAUGCUGGCAGAUUCGCCAGACAACAUCAUCCACAUCAGCCAAAUGACGUACGGCACCUUCCAGAUGGUGAUGAGGUCUCUGUACUGUGGAGGAACCGACGGGCUGAAGAUCCUUCCUGCUGAAGCCAAGAAGCUGCUGCCUGUGGCCUUUUUCUUCCAACUCCGAGGUCUGCAGAGAUGCUGUGAGGUGAUGCUGUCUCAGAGUCUGACUCUGGAUAAUGCCGUGAGCGUCUAUCAGACCGCCAAGCACCAUGGAGCAGCUGAACUCUGCAGGUUCUGUGAGGGGUUCUUCCUGCAGAACAUGGACCAGCUCCUGGACAGAGAGGACUUCCACCGCCUGCUACUCGGUACCAUCAGAAAGGGAUCUUUCUCCCCAGGCUCAGCGACGCCGCCUGGAUCGGGACCGGACCAGGACCUGCCAGUUCUCAAACACCUGGAGACGACGCUGAUCGAUAGACUUUACCACCUUCAUGCUGAGUGUCGAGGGUAGAAGAUCUGCUCAGGUCUCCUGGGUGAAGGUGACGGAGUAGAUGCCGUUCUCCUUGGUGGCGCCGGUGUUCUCCGUGUACGUGAUGUCCACCUGGAACUUGACCGGCUUCUGGAAAACCGUCGGCCCCGCCGUGGACUUGUACUCCGCCCGGAAGCUGGU